AUGGUCUUUAAAAAUGGCAACAUACAGUUUAUCCUGGAGUCUCUGGAGACGUAUUGUGAUCACGAUUAUGUGGAGUACUUCCGAAAAGUGCCGAAUACGAAGCUGCUCUAUACUUUUCGAGUGGUGAAAUUGGCCUCUGCUUUUACCAUCGAUAUAACAGUGAAAGUGAUAAAAACGAAGAGAAUUUUUUACAAGAUGGAAAACAUUGCGGGCUGUGAAUUUCUGAACAAUCCCCUGCUGUUCAAAGUGUUUGGCGAAACCUACAAGCACCUGGUGGUCAAUGGCAGUUACUUUAAGUGCCCCAUCAAGCCGAAGGUUUACUAUCUGAAGAACGAGGCCACAGUCUCCUUAAUCCCUAGCAUUCAUCCACCUGGACGCUUUCAGCUGUCGAUGCGGGUAAAAAUGGCGGAAAGUCGUCGGCCGUUCGUUAUGGAAAUGUUGUGGAAGUAUAAAAUUGUUCGCAUCAAAUAA